GGCGAACAGGAAGAGCAAGAAGAAGAGGAUCGAGCUGGGGAUCUCCUGUAUGCUGAACAUGGAAGCCUCCUUUGUCCUCGCCGUGCUCCGCCGCCCGACGGCAGACCCCACGGCGGCGCAAUUCCUCUCUCAGGAGGAAAAAAACUCCGACACCGCGCUGUCGGCGCCGGCGAACCCUCUCUGAUUACAAGGGAUUUGCUCGGCGGCGGCGGCGGCAGUACUAGCUCCGCCGUCGGUGGGUCGGACGACAAUGAGUUUCAGGAAUUGGACCUCGACGUCCAAGUCCCCGCUGGCUGGGAAAAGCGCCUCGAUUUAAAGACAGGGAAGAUGUACUUGCACAGAAGCAAAGCAUCAUCAGCUUCGUCGUCCUCCUCCGACCACCACCGCCACAAGCUCAGCCAAACGUUCCCCAAGCUCCAGGAUUUGAACUUCCUGCCGUCGCCGUCGAGAAUCACGCUCAACCUCUUCGACGAGAGCAGCCUGGAGCUGAAACUGACCGCCGCGGUAGCAGCCAACUACCAAAGUGUCUGCACUCUGGACAAGGUCAAAUCAGCGCUUGAGAGGGCGGAGAGGGAUCCCGUACAAGCCGCGGUGGCGGGAAGGAAAUGGUUCCCGGCGGGGGAAGUCGUCCCUGUCCCCUUCUUACUCGUCAUCGUCGUCGUCGUCUCUGUUUCUGGCUUCAGGGGAGGAAGAAACAGAGGAAGCAGGUUCCCCUGUGGCGGCGGGAUGCCCAUGUGGAAAGGAUUGAAGCGGUGAUGGAGGUUGGGUGGGUAGGGUAUUAGGUUUUUUAUUUUUUUUUUAUUUUUUAAUGAAUGUAAUAAUGAGAUGGAAAAUAUAAAUUUU